AUGCGCUGGAUACUCGUUGUUGGAUGUUAUUUCACCAAAUUCCUCCAAGCAAUACCUCUAAAGACACUAGAAACUAAAUAUGUAGCCACCAAACUCAUAAACAGAUUUAUGGCUGUGCUAGGUACCCCACUAGAACUAUUCUCAGACAGAGGCUCAAACUUUGAGUCAACUAUCUUUACGGAAAUGUGUGAUCUCUUAGGCAUACACAAGACAAGAACAACAGUAGGAAGACCGAGCUCGGACGGAAUGAUAGAAAGAGCCAAUAGGACAAUUCAGACCAUGAUUUCAGCUUUUGUCAGUAAACAUCAACGCGACUGGUGUGAAAAAUUACCUUUACUUAUCCUUGCAUACAACAGCAGCACACAUAGUUCAACAGGUUUCAGUCCAUCAAUGAUGAUGUUUGGUAGAGAAAUGAACCUUCCCAUAGAUCUGGCACUGGGUAAACCUGUAGACGAAAAAUCAAAGUAUGUUACAAAUUAUGUGGUAGACCUGGAAGAAGCAAUGACAGAUAUUCAUGAAAUUGCCCGUGAAAGCUUAGGCCAAACCGCCAUAAGUAUGAAAACUCAGUAUGAUAAGGGUAAAUUCCACAAUAAUUAUGAGCCUGGAGAUGCAGUCUGGUUUUUCAACUCAAGACGACGCAAGGGACUUAGCCCGAAACUACAGAACCCUUGGACAGGACCGUACAUGGUAGUAAAGAAAUGGGGCGACAUACUGUAUGGGAUAAAACAGACACAGAAUGCUAAGUUACAGAUAGUUCAUCAUGAUAAACUCAAGAAGUAUCAGGGUGAAGACGCACCAAAGUGGUUUAUUCCACAAUAG